AUGCGUGCACUCGUUCUUGAGAAGAGCAAGGACGAAAAGAUCGUCCCAGGAGCAGUGUGGCAUCCUAUCUCGGUCAGAGAUGUCGAACAGCCGACGCCAGAGGAGGGCGAAGUCCUCAUCCGCAUAUUGGCGGUAGCGUACAAUCACAGAGACCUGUUCAUCAGGCGGAGUCAGUAUCCUGGCAUCACCUUUCCCUCCAUCCUCGGCGCAGACGGUGUAGGCAUUCUGGAAUCGCCCCAAUCUCAUUCCCUCAAGGGUAAACUCGUUCUCAUUGCUCCUCAUGAGAAUUGGCUCGACUCUCCACUCGGUCCAGAGCAAGUCAACGGCAAGCGCUUUGGCAUACUCGGCGGUACAAGAGAUACUGCCGCUCGUGGAACGUUUGCAGACUUCAUCUGCGUACAAGAGUCCCACGUUGUCUCUGCGCCGGCUCAUUUGGCUAACGAGCCAUCACGAGAGACGCUGGCCCAGCUCGCAGCCAUCCCGCUUGGUGGUCUGACUGCCUACCGUGCUCUCUUUACCAAGGGCAACGUUCGAGCCGGCACAAAUGUUCUGAUCACAGGCAUCGGCGGCGGUGUGGCCUUACAAGCGCUGCAGUACGCCGUUGCGAUAAAGGCAAAUGUAUACGUCACCUCUGGUAGCCAAGCGAAGCUAGACAAAGCCAUCGAGCUCGGUGCACAGGGUGGGGUGAGCUACAGAGAUGACAGUUGGCCGAAAGCGCUUGGCAAGCUUUUGCCCAAAGAUCAUCCAGAGAUUGAUGUCGUCAUCGACUCUGCUGGCGGCGAGAUUGUCAAUCAGCUUGCUCGAAUUCUUACCAUGGGCGCAACAGUCGUCUGCUAUGGUCAGACGACGGGCGAGGCUAUUCAGCUCAGCAUGGCCGCUGUCUUGAAGAACAUCGACGUCAAGGGCUCGACUAUGGGCUCUCUUCGCGAAUUCAAAGAAGCCGUCGCGUUUAUUGAGAAGCACAAGAUUGUUCCGAUAGUGCACAAGAUAUUGGACGGCCUUGACGCUGCAGAAGAGGGCUUUGAGAUAAUGGACAAAGGCUCACAGUUUGGCAAGAUUUGCCUCAUCACAGACAAGACAGCGCUCAGAAGCAAGUUAUGACUGCAUGUAUAUCUUACGCUGCGAUCGCGACUACAAGUCCAGCUUGAGUGUGAUGACCUGAAAGACGCCGAUGAUGAGCUUGAUGCGUGAUAAGCCGUUGACCAUCGAGACGGCAGGGGCCUUUUUGCCGUUUGGCCGCUCCAGAAUAUCGACAAACGUAGC